CGCAGCGUUGAUGACGCAGGUCCAAGAUGGCGGUGCAGGUGCAGCUGUGUAGUCUGGAGAGUUUCCCGUCGCACCUGAGUCCUCUGGAUGUUUUGAUGUUAAAGUCUCACCUGGACUCGGUUUUCCGGAACGACACCGACCCUCCCACCGUCCUCUUCACCCCGCAGCGGCCUCCGCGUCCCGGGAGCCCGCCGGGCAUUUUACUGCGCGUUCACCCGACCACCGAGGAGGAGACCGCGGGCUGCGGAGGAGCCGAGUCCGGGAGCCGCGUCCGGCUGUUCGCCAGCCGCCUCUUCACGCGGCACCACGGGCUCCAGCGGCUCGGCAGCACGGGGACCGUCCGGGCUCUGGAGCCCGUCAGCCUGGACAGAGUGGUGCUGGGAGCCCGCAGCAGGCAGAGCCUCCGCCGGGCCGGAGCGGAGCGGUUCACCGGCGGGCUGCUGGAGCUCUGCCGCCCGGGACAGUGGCUGCUGGCCCGGCGGGGAGAGCCGCUGCUGCUGGGAGACGAGCCGGGACAGCUGACGGAGCUGCUGGUGUUGGACUGCAGUCCUGUGACGCAGGGUCGGAUCACGGCCGACACGUCUCUGGUUCUGACAGACUGCUGGGACUCGGUGGACCCCCCGGGCGCCACCCCGCCCUGCAGACCGCUCAGACUGUGCGUGUCGGACUUCGCUCAUUACGCCGACGGCCUCGGAGGGGGGCGGUCUCUGCUGGACAGCCGGAAGCUGCUGGGCUCGGGGUUCUCGGGGGUCCUGCAGGCGCUGGAGUGCAGGCUGGACGUCCGGGUGGCGGACGCUCGGCGGUGGCUCGGGGUCGGAGGUCAGCGGGGCGCGGCCGUGGACGCGGACAGCUGUGUGUUUGUGAGCAAGCAGCUGCUGCUCAGGCUGGGGCUGUUUCACCAGGAGUGGGUGAGGCUGUCCAGGCCGGGCGGGUCCUCCAGACCUCCUGCUGACCAGACCGAGGUCAGGGGGGCCCCCGUGUGCAGAGAGCGACUGGUCUCUGUGCUGGCGGUGGAUUUAUCACAGAGUCCAGACCUGAACCAGAACGGAGAAGUUGGUUUCAUAUCGGGAACGUUGUGGUUCAACAUGACUGAAGGAGAAGAGGUUCCCGUGAACAGCUGCACACUGAGGAUGAAGAGGUGGAGGCCGUCACCUCCGGUGCCCGGCGCCCGCCGCUCUGACAGUUUCUGCCGCUCAGCUUCUCCGCCGUUCGCCAGCGAGCUUCACAUCCAGCCGGUCGUCUCUCCGCUGUACAACAACCUCAGCUGCUACGACAACCUGCUGUCUGAACACUUCAGGACGCCCAGACUGGUCUCUCAGGGCGACAUCCUGACAGUUCCAGCCGAAAACCACCCGGACCUGCUGGAGAACAAUUCAGAGGGAAUAUUCAGGUGUCCAGUGCUGUUCUUCAGAGUGCAGACAGUAUGUCCGUCUGCAGAAAGAGAAGAAGAAGAAGGAGGAGGAGGAGCUUACCUAGCCGACAGACAGCACACCUCACUCUACAUGCGAGCGUCCACCAACAGCCCCGUCCCCUGCUGCUCUGUGGACGGAGCGUCUCUGUGGAGCAGUCUGUCUCCUCCGGGCCUCCAAAAGACCGUCGACCUCCUCGGCAGCAUCAUCCUGCCGCACCUGCACCGCAGUGUUUUGUGUGGUUGCAGCAGCUCCCUGUCAGGCUGCACCGUCCUGCUUCACGGUCCUGCAGGAAGCGGUAAGAUGACGGCGGUCGGCGCGGCGAGUCGCAGACUGAACCUCCACCUGCUGAAGGUGGACUGCGUGAGCGUGUGCGCUGACACUCCUGCAGCCUCGGAGGUGAAGCUGACCUCGGUGUUUCAGCGGGCCGACGCCCUGCAGCCCUGCAUCCUGCUGCUCAGGAACCUGCAGCUCCUGCUCAGACCUCGUGGUGGCGCCGAGGAGGACGGCAGGGUCCCGGCUGCGUUCUGCCAGCUGCUCCACAGCGCCCCCACCAGUGUGGUGGUGGUGGCGACGGUCAGCAGACCUCGGGAUCUGUCUGCAGGUGUCAUGGCGUCGUUUGUCCACCAGGUGGCGUUAGAGAGUCCCACUGAGGAGCAGCGGCACUCGAUGCUGGUCAGCCUGAGCCGAGACCUUCACCUGGGGAGAGACGUCGACCUGGAGAGACUGUCCAAACUCACUGCGGGUUUUGUGUUGGGGGAUCUGAGCGCUCUGCUGGUGGCGGCAGGUCGAGCCGCCUGCAGGAGGCUGAUUCUCACCUGUGGAGGCCGGCAGGAGGAGGAUCUGUGCUCCAGUGGAGUGACCAUCCUGAACCAGGACUUGACCUCCGCCCUGAAGACCCUGCAGGACGCCCAGUCCACGGCCAUCGGAGCCCCCAAGAUCCCUGAUGUGCGUUGGGAGGACGUUGGAGGUCUGCAGCAGGUGAAGAAAGAGAUCCUGGACACUGUUCAGCUUCCUCUGCAGCGUCCAGAGCUCCUGUCUCUGGGUCUGAACCGGACCGGAGUCCUGCUUUACGGACCACCAGGGACGGGGAAAACUCUGCUGGCCAAAGCCGUGGCUACUGAGUGCUCCAUGACCUUCCUCAGUGUUAAAGGUCCGGAGCUCAUCAACAUGUACGUGGGUCAGAGUGAAGAGAACAUCAGAGAAGGUUUGUAUUGUGCUAGAUUUGAGUUUUAUUUUGUACACUUUUGUUCAUCUUUUCUAUCAGUAGUAAUAAUGCAAAGUGAAAAACUUUGUUUUUGUUUCAACCUGGAAGUCAGGGUAGUAUUGCGAAACACGGCUCAGAGUACGUCCAUGAAACAAGCUUUUUUUUUUGCGGCGGACAGGCUCAGAUUGUUGUUACAAACUUAUGAAAAUAUCCCUCCAAAGAGACUUUUUUAAAGAGAUCUUUUUUGUUUAACCAGAAACAGCAGCUGUAUCGCUCUCGUCAAAGCCACCAGACUGCAUUGAUAAAAACAGUAAUUCUACCUCACAUAGACAGAAAACAAGUUUGAUAUCUGAGAUCUGUGAACUCUUUUUGGAAGAGAAAACUGAGACGAACAGUAAAACAAUGAUUCAUCUUCCUGCUAAACCUUUGACUCGCUGUUCCUGUAGUUGUGCAUGUUUGUUUGUUGAACAUCAAAUAAAACGAUAAAGCAUAAAAAGAAUGAACUGAAUUUCAGAUUCUCUUUAAAAAAAACUAUUGAAAUAACAACAAAAACACCAGCUGCAGGCUAGGUUUUCAA